CUGCUGCUGUAUAGUGAAUCGUGUGCCGUGUCCAGUCAGUCAGUCAAUCCAUCAGAGCCUCCCUACGAGCUGGACAAGACGCCCGGUGACUGGAGCGAGAGGCCUUCCAAAAGCCUCUCGCUCCAGUCGCCAACCUCCUCGUUUUGCUCGUAGGGAGGCUCUGAUCGCGCGUAUGUAUGGUGUCAUGGUAUGGAUGAGACACAAACAGGUGACUGUCUCACCUCAUCAACGUCGAAGGCAACACAACACAACCAACAUAUAUACAACUGUCCCACCUCCACUCGACUCUGGUCGGACCCCACCCACGCAAACACGUACAUUCUUGGCAGACAGGCAGACGGGCCCAUCCGCCCACCAUUCCGUGUGUGUGUAGAAAAAGAGCGAUUCACUCAUUGAUUUCGUCGUAUGUAUGUAUGUAUGAUACACAUCACAGCACAAUCGACGCACACACGUACACACGCACCUACCUACGUGGAGAAAAAUACACACACGACACACCGAGUGGAUGCUCCAACAGCCGGCCAUAUUGCAUGUGAGAAUUGGAAGGAACAGCUGUGAUCGUCGAGAAAAUUGCUACAAGGAAGCGUUAUCUUGGCGGUAGCACGCAGCGUUAAAACCCGGAAAAACAGCCCGUGCGGCCGUGCAACCUGGCCCCCUGAUGUGAUUGGUUGCCUCUCGUCGGUCGAGAAGCCGGACCGCUACACGUAGCUAAAGCUAGCAGGUGGUAGUAACACAGAGAAAACGCGCCGAACACAUCUGACCCAUGGCCCUCCCUCCCUCUCUCCCCCACUAUGGUUGAUUCAUGCAGCGAGUGAGACGAGCUGCUGGAAAGUGCCCCACUCGGGCGGCGACAUCUUGGCCUCCACCUCAUGCUCGGUGGCCAGGGGGACCAGCCCGAAGUCACGAGACAAUACAUCCAACACGUUCUUGGUCAGGAAACCCGGCAACCUGCACACACACACACACCGAGGGAGGGAGGGAGGGAGGGAGACGGGUGUGUAUAUGGGUGUCUGAGUGUGUGUGUAUGUACUUUGGUCCGAUGUAGAGGGGUUUGACUUUGAGGAAGAGGAGUGUGAGCAGCACCGCCACGGCCUUCUGCUCGAACCAGGACAGCACUAUCGACAGGGGCAGGUCGUUCACCUAGACAUGCACAGGUCAACACACCGAUGGGUGGGCGGAUGGGUGGCCCCUCCCUCCCUCCCUCCCUCCCUCCAUCACUCCUUCACUCACCCCGCAGUUGAGUGCAUCUGCCAGCGUGAGGGCCACCUGGAUCGCGCCGAACGCAUCGUUGCACUGACCCAAAUCCAACAACCUGCACCCACACAAACACGGACCAGGAUCCUCUCUUGUUUGUCGCAUCCAUCCGUUCGACAGACGAUAUACCUGGGCAGUGUGCCAUCGAUUUUGCCCAUUCCCUCCUCCAGGUGGUUGAUUCGGUAUUUGCCGCACCCCAGCGUCAUCACCACAGACGUCUGCGGCAGCUGCUUCACCAGAUCGGUGUAGAACGAUCUCUCGCCCUCAGAGCCGUCACAGCCACCCACCAGAUAAAACCUGAGACAGACGCGGGCCGGGUCUCAGUGCAAUGCAGGUGUGUGCGUUGGGGUGGGGUACCUACCGUUUGAUCUUGCCCUCUUGGAUGAGUUUGAGGACGGUCUGUGCGUUCUUGACGAUCCACUGGUAGCUGUGGCCGACGUGGAAUGAGGGCGGCAUGUGCUUCUGCACCGGGUCACGCACGUUGAACUCGGUGUCGGCCUCAGUGAAGCCAGGGGCCGCCUCGGCAGCCUGCAUAGCACACACACACACACACACACACACGCGCGCGAAGCGAUAGAAUAAAGAGGGAAGACUCCUGCACUGGCGACCUACCUGUAUGAGCUUUGAGAGAUCCUUGGUGCUCUCGAGGUGCUGGAUGUCCUCACCCCCACACACGCCCGUCGUGAAGAUGCGAUCCUGAACACACAACAACACAAACACACACAAACACACGGUGGCUGGGUCCCCCUCCCUCCCUCUCUCCCUCCCUCCCUCCCCUGCACAAGCAAUCUGCGCACCUUGUAAGGGCUUUUGUGUAUGAGUGGCAUGAGACAAUUGGUCGUGACCAGGAUGGCUCCGGGGAACUUGGAGAACUGACGUCGCUGGUUCUGCCAGGCACCCCCGAAGUGCCCGGCAAGGUGUGGGUAUGCCUUGAGCUUGGGGUAGGUGUGGGCAGGCAUCAACUCGCCGUGAGUAUACACCUGGAUGCCUCUGUCCUGACAACACAACACAACACACACCCAAGGGCCAGGGAGGAACGCUGGCUUGAUGUGUGUGGUGUGUUUUGGCUGGGCUGGGUGUGUGUGCGGCUGCCUGACUGACCUUGGUGGCCUCGAGGACAUCGUGCAGCAUGGAAAGAUCGUGGCCCGUGACGAGAAUGCACUUGCCUGCUCGGCAUACAAAACGUGAGCUGAGCUGAGCUGUCUUGUUUGUGUGAGGUACAGUACCUGGUUUGGGUCUGACGGGCACUUCCGUCGGCUCCGGCUCGCCAAAUGUGGCGUUGGCCUCAGACAGCAACUUCAUGACCAAGUAGUUGAUCUGAACGGCCAGGGACACGUACACACACACACUUCUUUAAGUGCGAUCUUGGCGAUCUUGUCUUAAGCUUGACUGACUGAUCCGACUCUGAGGGCCAUCUCGAGGCAUUUGCUGAGGUCCAGGGCGUCGGGCGAUGUGAGGAAGGCCAACGCCUCGUAGGCGAACGAGUAAACAGAGGAGUCCUGGCACACACAGUCCCUCCAUUAAUCCCGCAUCAAGCUGUCUUGUCCUUCGAGCACACCUCCUUGCCGAUGAGUUGGGCGUGUGCGGCAUAUGCAGCUGCGCCUUUGAGACCGUACACGACCAGCUCCUGGGCGCCUACCACAUCCUCGUUGUCGACGUCAUACUGCUUCUGCUCCACACCCGUCGAGCCGGCGAUGUCCGUCAACUCAAAUAUGUCGCCCUCAGCCAACACCGACGCGUAGCGAGACUGACGCACACACACAUGAAGAGGAAUAAUGGUGGGUGUGCAUUCCUGUCGAAGAAAGGGUCUCUGUUUUCGUGCGUGUGUGGGCGUACGGGCAGCUGUCUGUAUUGUUUGCCGCAUGCUUUGGCGAAGAACUGGUCGGUCAGGCCGAGGUGCGUGUUGGCGGCCGCCUUGACCUGAGCGAUGUAGCCCUCCGUCUCGCGCAGGUAGUCGAUGAACCGAUCGUCGUCGAAGUUCACAUUCGUCUGCAAAGGGCCACACACAGACACAAAGCACUCUCUGCUGUAAUCUGGCGUCGGUUGCCCCUCCGAUGCACCCACCCACUCAUUCACCAUGGUGGCGAAGAUGGAGUCCAGGAGGAAGACGUUCAUCUUGUGGACGUCAAACGGCACCUCCACCACAUCGCUCAUCUCUUCAGACGGGAAGGGCGGCUGGUCGGCGAACUUGAUGCUCUUCUUGUUGGCACGGAAUGCGUCCACGAAGAAGCUGAGCUCCUUGAGCUUGUGGAUGAGGAGGUCCUGCAGCAUGGCCACCUCGGCCGUCUUGCCGCACUCGCCUGUCUUGGUGCAGCUCAUGCCGUGAGACGUCUGCUCGCACUAAAGGAGAAAAAAGGAGAAAAACAUACAAUGUCGUGGAUGAAUCAAUCGUUUGAGUGAGCGUCACCUGGUAGCAGAACAUCUUGUUCAUGGGCUGGAACUCCUCUAUCUCGGCAGCCAUGGUGAGGAUCUUGUUGAUAUGCGAAAAUCAGCCCAGCCACACACGCCGGGUGUCGCUUUGUGUCUGACGAAGCAGCGCCACGCAGAUCUUCCCUCCGGCUGGUAUUGCCAUUCUUG